GACUUAAUUAUUAAAACAAUCGAGGGUAACGUCAGAAUAGCAUGGCAAAGAGGACCUAAGCCUACUCGACAUUAACUUACCUGACAGUUUGGUUAGAGAAGCGUAGGGUGGCAGUUUGUUAGAAAUAUUGUCUGCUUAAUCUCAUGGUGAAAAAUGCUAGGGUUAGGAUUAUGUAUGACUCCUCUUUAUUUUGUUUGAUGUCUGACCCUCAGCAUUCAGUUUUGCUGAAUACAGGUUCCCGGAUGCCACUUGUAGGCCUGGGCACCUAUAAGCUGCGUGGCCUGGAGAACAUAAUGCUGACUGUGGAUGCCGCUCUUGCUGCAGGUUAUCGUCACUUUGACACAGCUGCUGUCUACCGCAACGAAGUGGAGAUAGGACAGGCACUCCGUGAACUGUUGCCAAAGCAUGGGCUUCUGCGUGCUGACAUUUUCGUCACGAGUAAGCUGGGGCCUCGGGACCAAGGCCCCAUGGCACCCGCAGCCUGCCAGCAGAGCCUGGAUCAGCUGGGACUGGAGUACAUCGACUUGUUCUUGGUGCACUGGCCUGGCACACAGGGUCUACGUGUCGAGGACCCUCAGAACAGUGCCAACCGUGCCCAGAGUUGGACGGCCCUGGAGGAAUUCCAUAGCCGCGGAAAGUUCCGGGCCAUAGGGGUGUCGAACUACACCGUGCGUCACCUUGAGGAGGUGCUGGCGAGCUGCAAGGUGCCUCCUGCCGUCCUCCAGGUCGAGUUCCAUCCCAGACUCGUCCAGACUGAACUGAGGGCCCUCUGUGCCCAAAGGGGUGUGUGCUUCGAGGCCUACUCUUCGCUGGGCACAGGGGCACUUCUCUCAGACCCUGCGGUGCUGGAGGUGGCCAAAGGGUGCGGGAGGACGGUCGCUCAGGUGCUGCUAAGGUGGGCAGUACAGCAAGGCAUACCUGUGCUGCCCAAAUCAUGCAAUGCCAGUAGGGUGCAGAAGAAUGGGCAGCUGUUUGACUUUGAACUCAGUCAGGAGGACAUGGACAAACUGACUGGCUUGGACUGUGGGCAGAGGUACUGUUGGGACCCCACAUCUGUAGCGUAGUCACACAGGCAACAAACAUCCUCUGAAGUCAGAAUCCAGAUUUAAUGUCAAAAACUGCACUCAAACCACUAUGUCUUAUAAUGUAUUUACAAUCUAGUAAUCUGAUCAUACUACCAAUAAUACAAAGCCAAACAGACUGCGAAUUUACCCAUGAAUCAGUUAAUGUGAGCACAACACAUGCAUCUGAACGAAACGCAGUGUGAGUGCCCAUGUCGUAUGCGACUGAUAAAAAAAUUCACUGUUUCUGCCCAACUUGGGAGGCGUGACCUGACUAUGUAAUGCACGAAAUUAAUAGAAUUUCAUCCAUCACACUGAAUUAGUGUUCUUUAACAAUGCUGCCCAUGUCUUACAGUUCACAAUUUGUGCUGUCAGUGUUUAAUAAUGUAAAACUACAUUUAUUUAUAAAAUGAUCCAAAACCAACAUGUAUGUACAUAUGUAUUUAUGUAUGUAUGUAUAUAUACAUUUGUAACAGUAUGCAU